GGUACUUGAGUAAGGUGCCCCUAUCCACUCCCAAGGGAUUACCGUAUCGUAAAGAGAGCAUUAACCUUGACAUACCGGUAUCAUACACCCUUUUUUCUCUGCCUGCAUCGUCCCAGCCAACCGGAGAAGGCUCCAUCACUACCACUUCUGCCCCCCCCUCCCAUCAUCGUCGCGCUCCGUCACUCCACACCUCCGUUAUCAUCUACCUUAAUUCUUCCCCUGAAGGGUUUCAUACACGUGGCGGGGUCCCUUUUCCGGUCCCCAUGACAUGAUUUUCGAGGUCGCCUGAGCGAGGCUGAUCCUCAGCGUGGGUGUAUUUAACACCGUCAGCCUCCUACCGCACAUCGAAAUGGAACCCUUUUCGACCCUUUCGGGUCUCACAGUAAUCAAACUCAAGGUUUUGAUCUUGCUUUCGUCAUCCUGACCAUUCAAACAAAACCGUGGAGAACGAAUACUGAUUAAAAAUCUUGGAAUUUAAAUUAGGAAAAGUGUCGAGAACUCGGCCUCGGGGUUGGCGGCCGCAAAAGGGAUUUAAUAUCGGUUCGAUAGCCUCUCUUCUUUUCUUUUUCUUUUCCCUCUCUGUCCGUUCGAUCGUCCCCGCCCCCCUCCACCCCUUUUAAUUACCUCUUAUCUUAGAGAAAUUGGUUCGCAGAGACUGUCAACCCGACUGGGGCCGACGGUUCAGCGCGAUGAUAUAUCUGAUGUGCCCCCACCUCGGCCAGAGUCAUCCCCCGUCAUACCCUCUAAGAGGGGACUAGCCGAGGAAAACACUACCAGCUCCUCGUUCCCCCUCCCCUCUGAUGCCAUCAAGGGUAAAAAAAAAAUCAGGGUCGUCACCAGCAACCAAGGCGACAGAACUGUACUCCAAAUCCCUUCUUGCCCCCCCUGAUAACUUUCUUUUUCCUCAUCAACACGGAUUGGUUCAGAAGGAGCUAAUUCGUGAUAUGAAGGCCGUGUUAAAUUUUUCGCUGAGCUGUCCACCCUCACGCAAUGCAGGUUACCAGACGACAAUACCAUUCGAUGGGGCAUCAUCAGCACCACCACCACAACCGCAAGCAUUGCCGAUAUCAUCAUUAUUGCCCCCCAGAAAAGGGGGCAAGGCUCCCGCACUUGAUCCAGCGGUCAUUGUUCGACCCACAUGUGAUGCCGACAAAGAUAUUGUACAGGUGCAACAGAUGGACGCUACACAUCUUCUCUCCUCUGUCCGUAGUGUCAAGCGAGGUUUAUUGCUAGGAGAGAAUCAGAGAGUAAAGUACAGACCUAUAGCGUUGGCUGUGGGGCAACCUCAGGUUAUUGAGAGCGCCAGGAAUGUUCCUAGCAACCCCUGCACUGCCUCAGCUUCAACCGCAGGUAGGUCCAAUCGUGGCGAUACGGCUAUCGAUAGCGACAUGCGAGCUUGCCCAAGGCCGUCCGCAAGGUCGAAUGGGGCUGAAGAGCAAAUGCAGCACAAGCUAUCUCGCAUAGUCCGACGAUUCAAACCGCUCAGAGUUCAUCAAAAUGCUGAGAGGAUAGAAGUGCGCAAAAGCUCCGAGGAAAAGCCAUCUGAGAGCUCUCCAAACGGGACAAAGGUGACCCAGUUCUCAUAUCCCUAUUAAGGGUUUUUUCUUUUUUCCUUUUUCCCACUUCUUUCUUUUGUCUCUACUUUAUUUUCUUCUGUUAUUUAUGCACACUUCCACGCAGGCUCAUUAGUUCCUUAGGAGUUACAGAUAACCCGUUAUCCAACAAUGGAUGACGAUGUUACGCCUCUAAUCAUUGGGAAUCCACCACGUAUCUCGCUUCGUAGAAAAGUUGAGAAGCUGGCCAGGACCCUGGCCUUGAUUGCCUUCAACGCUUUUGGUGACAGCCCCGGGAAACUCUUGAUAGUGUUCUCUGCGUUGUCCCGGACAUAUCGUUAUGCAUCGACACUUGCAUUCACUCACUUGAUAGCACUCGAAUUUGCUGGCGCUCGGACCGCGUCGUGGCUAGAGGCGAAGAAUGUUGACAUCAGAGUGGCAGACUUGAGGGACUGGUACUGGCAUAGAGCUUCCGAGAGAAGGUACAACAUUGGUAAGCUUAGAAACUCAUGGAUGAACCGAGUAUGGAAGUUUCUUGCGCGAAACGAUGGUUGCCUUGUAAAGGGUAAUUCAUUGUUCUUCGAAGGCAUCGGCAGUCACCUUUUUGCGGAACCCGAUAUCCGGGGCCAAUUGGAUGUGGCGAUAAGGUUUUGGAUCCGCAGAUUUUACACCUUGGUAGGCUGGAAUGGAGGUGGGUACCCUCAGCUCUUGGCGGAUCUAAAAAUGGGAAAAGUGCACCAGGUAGGUUUAUCGGAUGAGAAGUCUCGGUCCAUAUGGAAGGUGGAAACCAGGGCGGGCAAGUCUCUCUUUGUGGUCGGUAAAACCGGCGAGGUUGUCCGCGUUGCGGUUGAACCGCAGUGGGCCCUUAGUGGCUCCAUAGCCGACACGGAGGCCCAGAGUCCUGCGGUUGGUGUCGCCAAGCUCGCCCCCAAAUGUAAGGGAAAGGCAAGCAUACCCGCGCAUUACGGCAGAGCGGGUGAUGAUUUGGGCUCUCUGCUCCUCCCCCCACCCUUGGCUACCAGCACUUUGCGCGAAAAUUAUCUCCGUCACCCUCUCCAAUUUGCUGUUCCGGAAGCUAGCAUUCACAGAUCGAUCACAUUGCGGCACCACCGGGCGCUAGCCGAAAGGUGGGUACUGUCAAAUUUAGACGCCGAUGAAAUCUCGCGUGAUUUUACAUUGGGUCCGGAUCCGGGUGUUCUUGUUGAGAGUGUUAGGUGCUCUGGGGAGAAGUGGAAUUCUAGUAUGAAGAGUGUCCUAGCCCCGGGCAUUGGUUUCGUGCAAGCCUCCGGGACUGGGUGGUUAGUGUUGGAAGAGACUGGCCAGGUAUGUAUCCUGGUUUACAGGGAAACAGUUGCUGCCGUAUCACACCGAGCAAGCAAAAGAGAGGGAAAGAGAAGAAAAGAAAAGAAACUUAUUCUGCGUAGAAUAUCGCGCAGGAGGAUUACGGUAUCCAAGGUCUUUGGGCCACGAUUCUGGGCGUUCGCGAAGAUGGAACCGCACUAUGUGAUACCGAGCUCAAUGGAUUGGAGCUCAUGUUCCGGUAGGUUUCGCAUACAAUAGAAGGCAUUCAGCACGAUUUGUGGAGCUCGGGAACGUCGAAAAACCCAGUAUGACGGAUCCUUCGAGAGCUGUAGUAAACUUGAAUUUAUAUUCAUGGUAUUUUCC